CAUUCAUUAGUGUAAUAGUGACUCCUGUCGAAAUACUGCACUACUUUACUAGGUGCCAUCUACUUUGUUCUAAAUUGUGUCUCUGACAUGAGCCUGAUGUGGAAACACUAAGUUUAAAGUCACCUUUCAAUCGACCAAUCAGACUUCAGCAUCGUGGUUCUUCAGAAGGCUGACAAUGAUUUCAGUUUCAUAGUUUGUUGACUGUAUGCAUUUCAGACACACGUAUACAUGUGUUCUGUGACCCACCCUCCCCUUAGCAGUGUGUUAAUUGCAGGGUAGCAGCAGAGGAGGGAGCGUUGGAUUUGCGAUGCGGGGCGUCCAGGAGGAGUCAACCCUGUCAUUUAGCUCUCUAGCUCUGGGCGUAGACUGGCAGGGAAGCUGAGGAUUUUCCCAGCAUGCCACAGGCCAGAGUGGGCCGAACCUCGCCACGAGAGCAACUGACAGAACCUGUAGUCUGACACUGAUAUGGUGGCAUCAGAUGGACCAGGACAGUCCAGAACCAGAACCAAUGCCAUACCACUACUGGAGAACAAGCCGGACCUCACAGUUCUAGAAGCAGGUCGACGGCUGACAGCUCAGCGUCACGGAGGAAACACUCAGAACCAGUGAAUUACACCUUUUUGCAGCGAACGGAUCAAAGCUGAGUGGAGCCGUCUGACACUUCUCGAAGCCUCAGGCUCGUUCCUGGUCUUUGCUGGCUUAGCUCGAUGGGUGUUGAUCCAGAGCAGAUUCCAGUUUCACUACCACUGAAGCAGGAUCAUGUGACCCAGCAGUUACGUUGUUGUCCUGCCGUUGUUUUGGUCACCCCAACAAGACAAGGCACAUAAGAUCCUGGUUCUGAUGGACCUUCCUUCCACCCGGUGCUGCUCAGACCAGACAGACUGCAGUGACAGGGCAUCCAUUGGGACAAGAACCAGAACACAUUAAAGAGCGAAGGCAGAUGGUCUGAAUGAAGACGUGACGUCAUCCUCCAUUACGACUCCAGUGGAACCAGGACCAUACUGUGUCAGAACAUUUCAAUGAAAAAUCCUGCAGCAACUUCACGCCAGACGCAGGUGUCUUCCUGUCACUGCUCGCUCUCCUGGACCCUGCUCUCCUGGACCCUGCUCUCCUGGACCCUGCUCUCCUGGACCCUGCUCUCCUGGACCCGGCUCUCCUGGACCCGGCUCUCCUGGACCCUGCUCUCCUGGACCCGGCUCUCCUGGACCCGGCUCCCUGAACCGUGUCAUGGGCUCCGUUCUCCCCGGCUCGUCACUGGGCCUGAAGCCGGGCUUCAAGCCGCAGCAGCCGCUCUCCCUGGCGGACAUCAUCACCUCGGACAUCCUGCACAGCUUCCUGUACGGCCGCUGGAGGCACGUGCUGGGCGAGCAGCACCACCCGCACCACCCGCCCCAACAUCACCUGCAGCAGGAGGACCGCACCGCCCCGAGCGCGAGCCCUAAGACUGCGUUCACGGCCGAAGUGCUGGCUCAGUCGUUUUCCGGAGAGGUGCAGAAGCUGUCCAGCCUGGUUCUUCCCAGUGAGGUGAUCAUCGCCCAGAGCUCGGUCCCAGGAGAAGGUUUGGGUAUUUUCUCUAAAACCUGGAUCAAAGCAGGAACCGAGAUGGGACCCUUCACAGGACGUCUCAUCUCCCCUGAGCACAUCGACCUGUACAAGAACAACAACCUGAUGUGGGAGGUGUUCAACGAGGACGGGACGGUCCGGUACUUUAUUGACGCCAGCCAGGAGGACCAGAGGAGCUGGAUGACGUAUAUCAAGUGUGCCCGGAACGAGCAGGAGCAGAACCUGGAGGUGGUUCAGAUCGGCAGCAGCAUCUUCUACCGGGCCGUAGAGACGAUUCCCCCGGAUCAGGAGCUGUUGGUCUGGUACGGAAACUCGCACAACACGUUCCUGGGAAUACCUGGAAUUCCUGGAGGAGACGACGAACAGAGCAAGAAGAGCAAAAACGAUGACUUCCACACCUGUGAGGGCUCCUCUUCUUCCUCGUCGUCCUCCUCAUCCUCUUCCUCCACUCUGGGCCGCAUGCGCUGUGUCAUCUGCCACCGCGGUUUCAACUCCCGCAGCAACCUGCGCUCACACAUGCGCAUCCACACCCUGGACAAGCCGUUCGUCUGCCGCUUCUGCAACCGCCGCUUCAGCCAGUCAUCCACGCUGCGGAACCACGUCCGACUGCACACGGGAGAACGGCCCUACAAGUGCCACGUCUGCCAGUCGGCCUACUCGCAGCUGGCCGGCCUGAGGGCGCACCAGAAGAGCGCCAGGCACCGGCCCACGGCGGAGCCCGUGUCCGCGGGGGGAGGCGUUGUGGUGGUUGCAGGGGGGGGGGUGCACUCGCCUCCUCACCCCCCCCAGCUGGCCGCGGUGCCUCACCCCGCAUCACUGGUUCACCACAUUCCCACCAUGGUGCUGUGACGACAAGGCUCCAUCACAGAGCAUGUGGGUAGUUCCCAGGUAGCUGGGUCUACACACAGCAUCCUCUCUAAACCACACAGGUGGAGGUCAGGACGGAUCCAGAUGACCUCUGCAUUAGCAGGGUCCAAACAUUCUCACUUAGUUCCAGGACUGAAUCACACUCACACGUUUUUGGUUUCCCAGAACUACCUGAGUAAAUACCUGCACAGAAAACAUGCAAAGCUCCAUAAAUAUGAAUGGCUGGACAAUGGCACAUGCACGUGCACACGCGCAUACAGUAAGUUGUGCCACUGACCCGACACUCAGAUCAACCCAUCCUUGUUUUUAUCCUGUAAACAUGCGUCUGUGCUGCUUUGGUGGGAAUACAGUUUGCAUGUUUGACAAGUGUUUGUCAUCGGUUCCUGCUCGUUGUUCUGUCAGUUGAUGUCCAGUUGGGUCAGAACCAUUAGAGUCUGCUUUUAAUCUUUGUAAAUGUUAAAAAAUAACAUUUUGUUUAGAAACGUUGAAUAACCUAAAAAUAAUGACGAUGGUACAGAUGAUGAUGAUGGUAAAGGUGAUGAUGAUGAUGAAGGUGAUAAUGGGGUCAGCUGAUGGCUGACUGUUGUAUCAUAACUAAGCUGCAGAAAAAGAAUAUAAACACAAGAUGUUGCUUUAUGGCCAAAAUAUAAAACGAACUGUCACUUUAUCUGUGUAUGUUUAAGUAUAAGCUCAUAAAUGUAACGGUAUAAUGAAUAAAUAUUACUUCACCAUCAGCCUCAGUGCUGGAUGUUCG